AUGGAGAAGCUCCAAUUUCCCGCUCUAGACAUCACCGGUACCAACUACAUUUCAUGGGUUACAAAUGUUGAACUUCAUCUUGAAUCUCUUAGUCUAUCCCAGUCCAUUAAAGAGAAUAAUACUUCAACGCCUCAAGAAAAUGCUAAAUCGAAAGACAUAACACUUCCACCUGCUCGGGAUGAAUGGCAGAGUCUGAGAUUCCAAGAUUUCGACAAAGUGAUGAAUUACAAUUCUGCUGUGUUAGGAAUUGUGGCCAAAUUGAGAUACUGUGGUGAAAUAAUCACCGAAUCUCAAAUGCUUGAGAAGACAUACACCACAUUACACAAGAGCCACAUCACCCUGCAACAACAAUACAGGUUGCGGGGAUAUACCAAAUUUUCGGAAUUGAUUGUGGCGCUUCUCAUAGCAGAAAAGAACAACGAACUUCUGAUCAAGAAUCACAUGACUCGUCCAACUGGUUCUAAACCAUUUCCUGAAGCAAACGCAUUAGAUGCGAAGAAACCAGUCAAGGAAAAUAAGACCUUUCGGGGUCGCGGUCGUGGUCGUCAAAACUACCGUGGACGUGGACGAAAGUACAAUCCACAAGAUAGGAAGUCAUUCCAGUGGGUCCGCUCUGAGCAAUCCCCUAAGGGAAGAGAACACCAAGGAAAUAUCUCCCAGUAG